AUGGCUCGCUUCUCUUUGUUCUCCCUGCUUGUCUCUGUACUCGCUGCUUCUGGAGUCCUCGCUGUGGCGAAUACGAACGAAUCUUUCUCAUUUGCCCAUCCGCUCGAGCACCGUAUCGCAUAUGCCGGUGCCAGGGGCAUGUUCGUCAGCUGGAACACCUUUGCACAGCUUGACACCCCCACGGUUUGGUACGGAUGCGACCCGUUCGACGUCACCAGCAAGGCUACCGGAAACAGCACUAUCUAUCCGACCAGCCGCACUUGGAAUCAUCAUGUCAAGCUAACCGACCUCAAGCCCAACACCAAGUACUGGUACUACGUCAGCAACACUAACUGCUAUGGGUGCAGCGAACUGCCUAUGUACACGUUCACCACCGCUCGCGAAGCGGGUGAUGAGACCCCUUACUCGGCUGCCGUUGCUGUCGAUCUUGGUCUGAUGGGGAAGGAUGGGUUGAGCAACCAUGUCGGGUUUGGUGGUGCUGCCAAUCCCUUGGGACCCAACGACACGAACACCAUCCAAUCCUUGCUAAUGUAUAAGGAUACGUACGACUUCCUAGCCCACUUUGGUGACAUCGCCUAUGCCGAUUACGCGCUGAAGGAGUCGUGGCAAGGGUACUUCGGCAACGACAGUCUGAUUCCCAACAAGACUUCCAUCGCUACUUUGUAUGAGUCACUGCUUGAGCAGUACUACGAUGAGAUGCAGCCCAUCAGCGCUGUUAAGCCGUACAUGGUCGGCCCUGGAAACCAUGAGGCCAAUUGCGACAACGGUGGAACGACCGACACGGUGCACAACAUCUCCUACACCGUCUCGAUCUGCGUUCCAGGUCAGACUAACUUCACGGGCUACAUCAACCAUUUCCGCAUGCCUUCUGAAGAAUCAAGCGGGAAUGGAAACUUCUGGUACUCAUUUGACCACGGCAUGGUGCAUUGGGUUGCCAUCGAUACGGAGACGGAUAUCGGGCAGAAUCUCACGUCUCCCGACGAGCCGGGAGGAUCGGAGAACGAGAACUCGGGUCCUUUCGGGACAUACAACCAGCAGCUCAACUGGCUCGACCAGGAUCUUGCCAGCGUCGACAGAAGCAAGACGCCUUGGAUCGUCGUCGGUGCCCACAGGCCAUGGUACGUAAGUGCGAAGAACAGGAGCUCGACGAUCUGCCUUGAUUGCCGGCAUACGUUCGAGCCGAUCCUUAUCAAGCAUAACGUUGACUUGGUCAUGCAUGGCCAUGUCCACGUGUAUGAGCGUAAUCAGCCAAUGAAGAACUAUAACCCCGAUCCGAACGGGCUUAACAACCCCUCGUCGCCUUGGUACAUCGUCAACGGCGCAGCGGGGCACUACGAUGGACUCGAUUCGCUCAACGCUCAGCUAAACAAUUACUCUGUGGUGGCGACGGACAAGGUGUACGGGUGGAGCAGGCUGACGUUCCAUAACCGCACGCAUAUGACGCACCAGUUUGUGGCGAGCAAGAACGGGACGGUCUUGGAUACCGCUACUCUCUACAAAGAGCAUUGCUGA